GAAGCGGUGCCGUGAUAUAAAGCGAUUUCGUUGACCCACAGUGAGUUUGUUCUUAUUUUUGGCAAAUUAGUGUCUGUGUCUGGAGUACCCCAUUUUUACAAUCAAGGGGUAUUGAACUUGCAUGCUUGGUCGUCGAUCACAGGAACCUGAACUCGUACCUCUUAAUUUUGACUUGGAAAAGAGACGUAGGGGUAAUAGAAAGACCGACUUAGUCACAAUGGCAGAUGAUGAUCCAAAUAGAGAGAGGAGGGUUGUGAUACCUAACCCCUUCCCUCUCAACUCACACUUCGCCCCCACGGCUUACACUACACCAUCAUGUGUACGAUUACCCGCCAUCAUGGCUAACAACUAUGAGAUUAAGCCCGGUACACUCCAAAUGCUCCCUAAGUUUCAAGGGCAAGCUCAAGAGGAUCCAUAUCAACACAUCACUGAAUUUGAAGCCCUCAGUUCCACGCUUUUAAUUCAUAAUUUCCUGAUGGAUGCAUUGAGAUUGAUUUUGUUUCAAUUCACUUUGAUAGGGAAUGCCAAACAUUGGCUUAGUACUUUGCCAACUAAUUCUAUAACAUCUUGGGCGCAAAUGAGUGCGGCAUUCCUUAAGAAAUUCUUCCCCAUAGGAAAAACACUCAGACUUCGGCAAGAGAUUACCACUUUCCAACAAGCUGAGAAUGAAUAGUUCUAUGAGGCUUGGGAGAGAUAUGGGGAUCUCAUUCGUAAGUGUCCGCACCAUGACAUACCUAAGUGGCAAUUAGUACAAAGUUUUUAUUCUGGGCUGCUUCUGCCACAUCGUGUGAUGGUUGAUGCCUCAUGUGGAGGCUCUGUGAUGGUUAAAAGUGAAAAGGAAGCCUGGCAAUUGUUCGAAACUAUGAGCGAAGGGUCCCUACAAAAUGUUUCUUUUGAGAGGAGAGGUAAGUCAGUCACUACUGGCUCUGAUAAGCCACGAGGUAUGUAUGAGAUCAAACCAUCUCAUGACCUCAAUUCCAAAGUCGAAAUACUGACUGAAAAGGUUGAAAAGCUUCUUUGUAUGGGACCGGCCACCUCACAGCCUCCACUUUCUCAGGAGGCAUGUUCUUUAUGUGCUAGUCCGGCCCAUUUCAUCACUGACUGUCCUGCGGCCCCACAAUUCCCUAUUUUUGUGGAGGAGCAGGUUAAUGCUGCACAAGGGUACGCUAAUGCACGAGGUUUCACCCAACUAAGUAAUGAUCUGUAUUCUAAUACUUACAACGCGGGUUGGGCCAAACAUCCUAAUUUCUCAUGGAGAUCGCAAGAGCAGGGUAGUUCCUCUGCCCAGCAGCCUAGGCCUUUUAAUACUCCAUUUAAUCCAGCUGCCUAUCGCUCACAAAAUCGCCAAGCACCCACCCAAUCCACGCGGGAUCCAUCCUUCGAGGACAAGGUGUUGCAAGCGCUUGACCAUUUAAUUGAUACCCAACAAUAAGUGCGUUCUAAUACCCAGUCCAUCUCGCGGCUCGAGACCCAAGUGGGUCAAAUAGCCAAUGCACUUAAUCGUAGGGAAGAAGGUAGGUUGCCCAGUCAGCCUAUCCAACCCCUUGGAGGACAGUUUGUGGUUCAUGACCCGCCUCUUGCUGAUGCUAAGGUAAUCAUGACUUUGCGCAAUAAGAGAGAGGUCGAAACCCGACCAGAGAAAACGAAAUCGAAAGAGCAUUUGGCUCCUUCCGACCCUGAUGACUUUGGGGAGGAGAGUUCACAGAGUAAAAAGAGAACCCCUCCAGUCACACCUGCAUCACCCACUUCUGUGUCAGCGGGCUCUAAGGUACCACCCUAUGUGCCUAAAGCCCCGUUCCCAUCAUGUUUGAAUGCACCAUCUCCCUUUCCUAAGAGGGGAGUAUCUAUGGAGGAUACCCUUGAGGUAUUCAAGCAAGUGAAAAUUAACAUCCCACUCCUAAAUGCCAUCAAACAAGUCCCAACUUAUGCGAAAUUUCUAAAGGACCUCUGCACUCAAAAGAGGAAAAACCGAACCAAUGUGUCUAAAAAGGUCCUUCUCACCGAACAAGUGAGCUCUGUUUUUCAAUCAGACGCUCCCCUUAAGAUGCAAGAUCCUGGUACCCUGACUAUUAAUAUAGUCAUUGGGAGGCAUGCCAUAGAGCGAGCACUUUUAGACUUAGGGGCUAGUGUCAACUUGAUUCCAUACUCGGUGUACGAACAAUUGGGGCUUGGGGAGUUGAAGCCCACGUCGGUUACCUUGCAAUUAGCUGAUAGAUCUAUUAAGGUGCCACGUGGAGUAGUUGAGGAUGUUCUUGUCAAGGUUAAUGAUUUUUACUUUCCGGCUGAUUUUAUAGUCCUUGACACAGAACCUGUGCAAACCCUUAAAAAGCAGACUCCGAUUAUUCUUGGUCGUCCUUUCUUGGCGACCGCGAAUGCUAAUAUUCAUGUGAGGAGUGGAGAGAUGGAGGUGACCUUUGGGAACAUGACCCUUAAGCUUAAUGUUUAUAAGGCCACAAAACACCCUCCCUUGGAGGAAGACUGCUUCGCAGUCGAUGUCGUGGAGGACUUGGUGGAGGAGGCAUUGCCUUAUGUUUUGACCGAUGACCCGUUGGCCGCUUGUUUGGCACACUUUGGGUAUGAGGAGUAUGAUAUCGAUCAGUCCAUCGAGGAGGUGAAUCUAUUACUUAAUAAUUCACCUCCAAAAUGGACAGCGCAGUUUGAACCUCUUGCCGCACUUUCCAAUGAGACUGCCCCUCCGUCUAUUGAGGCUCCACCGAAACUUGAGUUGAAGCCACUUCCGGCUAAUCUCAAGUACGUGUUUCUAGGUACCAACGACACCCUUCCAGUUAUUAUUGCAUCUGACCUUUCUGUCACUCAGGAGGGUCAAUUGGUUGAGAGGCUUAAGCAAUAUAAGAGUGCAAUAGGGUGGUCCGUGGCAGAUUUGAAGGGUAUUGAUACCUCCGUGUGCAUGCAUCGCAUCAAUUGCGAAAAGAAUGCCAAACCAUCACGUGAGAUGCAACGGAGGUUGAACCUGAAUAUGAAGGAGGUGGUAAUGAAGGAGGUUGUGAAACUUUUGGAUGCGGGUAUCAUAUACCCCAUCGCGGAUAGUAAGUGGGUGAGUCCCACUCAGGUGGUGCCCAAGAAGUCGGGCAUAACUGUGGUCGAGAACGAGAGAGGUGAGCUUGUCCCGACACGAGUCACCACAGGGUGGCGUGUUUGCAUUGACUACCGUAAGCUCAAUUCCAUGACUAGGAAAGAUCACUUCCCAUUGCCUUUCAUUGACCAAAUCUUAGAGCGGUUAGCGGGCAAAAGCUAUUAUUGUUCUCUGGAUGGCUAUUCCGGAUACAAUCAAGUGCCUGUCGACCCUGCAGACCAAGAGAAAACUACCUUUACUUGUCCUUUUGGCACUUUCGCUUACCGGCGUAUGCCAUUUGGUUUGUGCAAUGCACCUACUACUUUUCAACGGUGCAUGAUGUCUAUUUUCUCUGACAUGGUGGAGGAGUUUCUCGAGGUCUUUAUGGAUGACUUUUCGGUCUUUAGGACCUCGUUUGAUGAUUGUCUCCGUAACUUGAGCAAGGUGCUUGAGCGAUGCAUGGAGAAAAAUUUAGUGCUAAGUUGGGAGAAGAGCCAUUUUAUGGUUCAAGAGGGAAUAGUGUUGGGACAUGUGGUGUCUACGAGGGGGAUUGAGGUGGAUAAAGCUAAAGUUGACUUAAUUUCGCGACUCCCUCCCCCAUCUUCUGUUAAGCAGAUUAGAUCCUUUUUAGGGCAUGCGGGCUUUUACCGCCGCUUUAUUCGUGAUUUUAGCAAGAUUGCUAAACCCUUGUGCGAUCUCCUCGCCAAGGAUGUGCCAUUUGUGUUUGACGAGGCCUGCAUGAAGGCCUUUGUCAAGUUGAGAGAUGCCUUGUCCUCCGCACCUAUUAUGUAGUCAGCCGAUUGGAAAUUACCUUUCGAAAUCAUGUGUGAUGCGUCCGACUAUGCAGUUGGCGCUGUCCUUGGCCAACAGGUUGACAAAGUUUCCCAUGCGAUUUACUAUGCGAGU